GGUUUAUUAUAUACUAGUUUCUUAUUGACGGAAGGGAGAAGAAGACUUUAGACGCUACCUUCUUACACUUUCUCUGCUUUGCAUCUCUCAAAACAAGCAAUCUCCAGAUCCAAAUUCAAUCUCACUAUUAUCGUUGAAGAGAUUUGAAUAGAUGGAGUCAUCGUCGACGAGUCAACCUGAGUUUGACUACUUGUUUAAGUUGUUAUUGAUAGGGGAUUCGGGUGUGGGGAAGAGUACCUUGCUCUUGAGUUUCACUUCCGAUACCUUCGAGGACCUCUCUCCUACCAUUGGGGUGGAUUUUAAGGUGAAACACGUCACUCUUGGAGGUAAAAAGCUGAAGCUUGCGAUUUGGGACACUGCUGGACAGGAAAGAUUUAGAACGCUAACUAGUUCAUAUUACAGAGGAGCACAAGGGAUAAUAAUGGUGUAUGAUGUAACACGGCGAGAUACAUUCACAAAUCUUGCUGACGUAUGGGCUAAAGAAAUUGAUCUGUACUCAACAAAUCAGGACUGCAUCAAGAUGCUUGUUGGCAAUAAAGUUGAUAAGGAAAGUGAAAGAGUUGUCAGCAAAAAAGAGGGCAUUGACUUUGCUAGGGAAUAUGGAUGCCUUUACAUUGAGUGCAGUGCAAAAACGCGAGUCAACGUGGAACAAUGCUUUGAGGAGCUUGUCUUAAAGAUAUUGGACACACCGAGUCUCUUGGCUGAGGGUUCAUCUGGAGUGAAAAAGAACAUCUUUAAACAGAAUCCUCCUCAAAAUGGUGCUUCAGCUAGUAGUUGUUGCUCAUGUGAUGAUGUUCCUGCUAAUAUCUUUUUCUCCUGUUUCUGCUUUGCAUUUGUUGUGAUCGUUUUUAAAAAGGUUGUAAGGAAAUUUUGUUACGUGUCUUUUUAUCCUAAUAACAACCUGACGGACCCAUUCGCCGCUUCCUGCUCCUUUUCUCCGCCAGGUGGCGAUGCCGAGGCUGAGGCUCUUCCUCCUUCUCAACCAGCUGACGCACCGCAACUCCUACCUUCUAUCUUUGAACCACCACCACAGCAGCCGCCUCAGUCAGACGUUAUGAUAUCCUCUAGGAACCCCGACGCUCUCUUUAGCGGUGGAGGCAUCAGCUUUCUCACUGGAAGUCGAACUGGUAAAUUCAGCUAUGGAUAUUCCAGUUUCAAGGGCAAAAGGGCUUCAAUGGAGGAUUUCUAUGAAACAAGGAUAUCUGAAGUUGAUGGUCAGAUGGUUGCCUUCUUUGGUGUUUUUGAUGGUCAUGGAGGUUCAAGAACUGCCGAGUAUCUUAAAAACAACCUUUUCAAGAAUUUGAGUACACAUCCUGAAUUUAUCAAGGACACAAAGACAGCUAUAUUUGAAGCAUUUAAACAAACUGAUGAGGAUUACCUCGAUGAAGAGAAAGGCCAGCAAAGAGAUGCUGGUUCAACUGCGUCAACUGCUGUAUUAUUGGGUGACCGGCUGCUUGUUGCAAAUGUUGGCGAUUCUAGAGUGGUUGCCUGUAUAGCUGGAUCAGCUGUCCCUCUGUCUACUGAUCACAAGCCUGAUAGAUCUGAUGAACGCCAAAGGAUUGAAGAGGCUGGAGGUUUCAUCAUUUGGGCAGGGACCUGGCGUGUUGGUGGCGUUCUUGCUGUUUCUCGUGCAUUUGGCGAUAAACUACUUAAACCUUAUGUUGUUGCUGAGCCUGAAAUUCAGGAAGAAGAAAUUGGUGGUGUAGAUUUCAUAAUCAUUGCAAGUGAUGGGCUUUGGAAUGUCAUAUCUAAUAAGGAUGCUGUGGCCUUAGUGCAGGAUGUAACAGAUGCAGAAGCUGCAGCUAGAAAACUUAUAAACGAAGCUUAUGAACGAGGGAGCUCAGACAACAUUACCUGUGUUGUUGUGCGGUUUGACAGCUCGUGAACUUAUCGAGGUGUUGAAGACUACCGCAUGGAACAGAAGCAAGAAGAUAGGAAUUUCUAUGGAUGCAAAUUUGAGCUACCUUUGGGCAUUGUGGUAGUUGACUAGUACAAGGGAUUCCGAAUCAUCGGUUAUUGAGUGUUGUAUGUGUUUGACAUUUGGUUUGUUAUAAUUAUCUAGCAAUCAGCUCAUGUAAAAUUACUGAUGUAGCUUUGAGACAUUUGGAUGUUUCGAUACAAGCCGUAGAUAAUCAAAUUGUUUAGUAAUUGUUUUCUCCAUA